AUGGCCCAUAGACUAGUGGCUAAAGCGGGCGUCGAUUUGGAGGCCUUGUCGCCUAGGGACGCCAACGCUCAGCGUAUGCCCAAGGCAAUCGAAAUGAAGACGUCUAAACCCGUCGUCCAGCUCAAGGCUGCGAAGGACAAAGAACCACCACCACAACCGCCUGCGAACGUUGAGGAGCCUCCGGCCAACGAUCGCCCCAAUGGAGCUGUGUACCAGGUCGGCAAGAUGCUCGGCAAGGGUGGUUUUGCCGUGUGCUACACGGGAUACCAUCUACCGGAGCGCAAGAAGUAUGCGCUGAAGAUUGUGCGGAGCCAGAUGCCGUCCAAGAUGCAGCAGAAGUUCCAAACCGAACUCCAGAUCCAUUCAAAGAUGAACCAGAAGAACAUUGUGCAAUUCUUCAGGGCCUUCUCGUUUCACGACUGCAUGUACCUUGUUCUCGAGCUGUGUACCAAUGGCUCUCUCAUGGACAUGGUCAAGAAGCGCAAGGGUCUGACCGAGCCCGAGGUUCGUUUCUAUUCCGUGCAGGUGGCUGGAGCAAUCAAGUACAUGCACGGAAAGGGCAUUAUCCACCGAGAUCUGAAGAUGGGAAACAUUUUUCUCGACCACCGUAUGAACGCCAAGGUUGGUGAUUUUGGACUGGCUGCUCUGUUGGUUACCGGCCGGGAUAUGCAGACCAUAAGAAGGACGACCCUGUGCGGCACGCCUAACUACAUCGCGCCCGAGAUUCUCCAGAAGGGAAAGAAGGGACACGAUCACGCGGUUGAUAUUUGGAGUUUGGGUAUCAUCAUGUUCGCCAUGUUGACAUCCAAGCCACCAUUCCAAUCGACGAGCACCGAGGAGAUUUACCGCCGAGCGAGAGAACGAGACUACGAAUGGCCGAACCCGGAAACAUCGCAAAAGUACAUCAGCGAGGAAGCUAAGGACUGCGUUGCCACGAUGCUUGAGGACGCAGAUAUGAGACCCGACCCGGACGUCAUCGUUCAGCACCCUUUCUUCACCUGCGGUUACAUGCCGGUGGAGGCCGACAUGACGACCAGACUUCUCACCCUGCCACCUGACAGUUCUGAGUUCUACGCCAACCGCAUGAGUUCUCAACUGCAGGCGGUCACCAAGAAGAACCUGGAGGACAUGUGCAGAGAAUGCGGAGUUGGCCCCUGGGCACCUGUGCAGGUUGUCCAUACGCAGACAUGGAAAGAGAUGGCUGCGGAGGAGAAGUCUGGCUUGACGCCCAUGAUUCCCUUGGGGGAGGACGUCGUCUACAGACCUUUCGACGACUGGCUCCGCGAGAAGCGCCACGCCCGCGCCCUUGCUGCUUCGUCGUCUACCCGCUCCGACGCCACAUCGGAACCGCAUCUGAGCGGUUCGCAAACUGCGCCGACAGGCCUGUUGCGUCAACCACCUCAGAGCUUUGCCGCGCAGCAGAGAGCUCAAAACCGUCCCUCUGCCAUGGCAAACACUGCCAGACCACGGCCUCAGCCAGAAGCGGCACCUGAGCUGGCGGAAGCGGCACGGUCAAGAUCGGUCAGACAGCAUACUGCACCGGAGUCACGAACAAACCAGCUUGCUGAGCCUCCACUGAGGAAGUCUAGCACCACUCGGAGAACGCCACUUCCGACAUCGCAGUCGGCGGGUUCUCUUCCUAGCCAGGCUAUGGCGUCCCAGAGCUCUAACCAAGCUACAGUCACCAUGACCGGGCUCAUGGAAAACCUCAAGAUCUCGUCUGAUCAAACUGAAAAGGCGUCACUCUUCAGCCCGACUGAGUGCGCGGAACCGGUGGCAGGCUCCAAGCCAGAUGUUGUUCUGGAGCGACUUCGCCGGCUUCAGACCGAGCUAGAGCGUGCUCUGAAUGCUCGUACCAUGGCUAUCAUCUCGUCCAAGGACACCACCCCGCCUCAUCCCAACGUCGUGGUUAAAUGGGUGGAUUACACAAACAAGUUUGGUCUCGGCUACAUCCUGAACGACGGCGGCGUCGGCUGCAUCUUGCGGGAUAUUCCUACUACGGAAGGGAGCAAGACCCUCACAUUGCCCUCCGCGUGCAUGCUUGUCCGCGAUGCCGAGCGCCACAUCGAGCGACGACACGACGAGUCGUACCCCGAGAGACAUCAACCACUGCCGCCCAAACAAGACAUUCACUUUUACGAGAACAACGGCGAGUCAGGCCUCGCCCGUGUCUCUGUCUCCUCAAGGCAAUUCCGCGUGCCGGUUUACGAGGACGGAACGCCCGGAAAGCUGAAUCCAGGAAAGGACGUGUACGAGCACAGAAAGAGGGAGCGCGUCAUCCUCUGGAAGAAAUUCGCCAACUACAUGAUCGCCUAUGGCAGAGACGAGCCACUGCCCGCCGAGGAGACUGUUACUCGCCCGAUGGAGUUCUCUGGCAACACCUCCCAGCCUUCAGACCUGGUCACCUUCUAUCAACGCUUCGGCGAUGUUGGUUGCUGGGUCUUUGGUGACGGACAUCUUCAGUUUAAUUUCCCUGACCACACCAAGAUUGUUUUGAACGCUGCAGGAACUUGGUGCCACUUCUGGCAUCUUCCCAUUGAUGCGGCCCAGAACCUUGCCACCACUGGCAGUCUCGGAGCCGCCGCUCUUGACGAGAGAGCCAUGCUGUCCUACCCCCUGCAGACGCUGUUGAACUUCCAGACGAAGCCAUCGGCGGCUCGCUCUACUCGUACGACCACCACGUCGCGUCGACGCCCCGAGAUCCCCGCAGACCUUCAGGGGAUUCCAGUUGCAAACGACUUCCGUCGAAAGAUUGAGUUUAUCAAGAACGCAGUCAAAGAGUGGGUGACAAACGGCGGUCUGGGUAAUAGUGCUAUGGACCGUGACCACAGACUGCGCUGGGGAGGUUACCGCGAGACCGUCAUGGGCAACAGCUUUAUCAAGGGUGUCUGGGUGACUGUCGGUGCUCGAUGGGGUGACACUAGACUGUCGGCUUACAUCGACCCCGCCAACCCCAUGGAGAUGGGAGAGGAGAUUGACGAAUCCAAGAGGCGACGCCACUGA